AAACUGCCAUCAAAAGGUUUCAAAGACCUCCUCAGUUUACGCUUCCUUCUUUUGGGACAGAAUCAGAUAGCUACUAUCAAAUCAGAUAUGUUCACUGGUAUGAGAAACCUAUCAGAUCUUGACCUUCCUCUUAACUCUCUAACAACACUCCCCCCAAAUGGAUUCAAACCGUUAAUUGCCCUCAAGGUACUGGACUUGGCUUUGAAUAAGAUUCAAAAAAUGUCCCGCAAAGCUUUUGUUGGCCUCCAAGAGCUACUCUUCCUGAACUUAGACAACAACAACCUGAAGAACAUCCCUGUUGGAACUUUCAAGCCAUUGACUGGGCUGGAGAUGCUAGUUCUGGAUAAUAAUCAUCUCACAGCACUCACAUCCUCCACAUUCGAAGGCCUGCACAAUCUGCAAGAGCUGUACCUCAGGAACAACGAGAUAGACAAGCUGCCAGCAGAUGUGUUUAGACACAUACCAAAGCUCAUGCAGGUGGCUCUGAGCGGGAACAGGAUGCAAACUAUUGAUGGUAAUAUGCUAGCCAAUCUGCAGGGUCUGAAGGAAGUAUAUCUCCAUGAUAAUCCUUGGAUGUGUGACUGCAAUAUUAAUUCUCUGGUACAAUGGAUAGCUCAAGCAAAGGUCAACCAGUCUCCUUUAGAAAAAUUACAUUGUGCUGGCCCAGAGGACUUUCGUGAAAAACCACUCCACACUCUGACAUCUCAGAGCCUUCACUGUACAGUUUAG